CAUAUUUCCUAUCUGUAUCUAUCUAUUUCCUAAUUUGCCUUUGCCCAGCUUCUCUCUCUCUCUUUCUCUCUCUCAAUUUGUCAUAAUUUAGGCCACUGCUUCCAUCUCCGCCACCGAUGAUCUUCGGUGCGUUCUUCGCCCCCUGUUGAACAUUCUGAUUUCAUCGGUGAAUGACUUAUUGAGGUUAUAAUAUCAGGUAUUUAUUUUGGGGAAUGGCGUCAGUCGGUAUAGCGCCUAUAUCUGGUGAGGCUGUAGGUGUUGACAGGUUGCCUGAGGAGAUGAAUGACAUGAAAAUACGAGACGACAAGGAAAUGGAAGCAACAGUUGUGGAUGGUAAUGGGACUGAGACAGGCCACAUAAUCGUGACAACUAUUGGCGGUCGAAGUGGCCAGCCAAAGCAGACAAUUAGCUACAUGGCUGAACGUAUAGUUGGGCAAGGAUCAUUUGGGGUAGUUUUCCAGGCUAAAUGUUUAGAGACCGGUGAAACAGUUGCUAUAAAGAAGGUUCUUCAAGACAAGAGGUACAAGAACCGAGAGUUACAAACAAUGCGUCUGCUUGACCAUCCAAACGUUGUUUCUUUGAAGCAUUGCUUCUUCUCAACAACUGAAAAGGAUGAACUAUACCUCAAUUUGGUUCUUGAGUAUGUACCCGAAACUGUUCAUCGUGUGAUCAAACACUAUAAUAAGUUGAACCAGAGAAUGCCGCUAAUUUAUGUGAAGCUGUAUGCCUAUCAGAUUUUCAGAGCAUUGUCUUAUAUCCAUGGUAGUAUUCGAGUAUGUCACAGGGACAUAAAGCCGCAAAACUUGUUGGUGAAUCCGCACACCCACCAGGUUAAAUUAUGUGAUUUUGGAAGCGCCAAAGUUUUGGUGAAAGGGGAGCCGAAUAUCUCGUAUAUCUGCUCCAGGUAUUAUAGGGCACCUGAGCUUAUUUUUGGAGCAACAGAGUAUACUACCGCUAUUGACAUUUGGUCUGCUGGGUGUGUUCUUGCUGAGCUACUUCUCGGACAGCCCCUGUUUCCUGGUGAGAGUGGAGUUGACCAGCUUGUUGAGAUUAUCAAGGUUUUGGGUACUCCAACGAGGGAGGAAAUAAAAUGCAUGAAUCCUAAUUAUACUGAGUUCAAAUUCCCACAAAUUAAAGCCCAUCCAUGGCACAAGAUUUUCCAUAAGCGCAUGCCCCCAGAAGCUGUUGAUCUCGUUUCAAGGCUGCUUCAGUACUCUCCUAAUUUACGUUGCUCAGCUAUGGAUGUGUUGGUCCAUUCUUUCUUCGACGAGCUACGUGAUCCAAACGCCCAUCUGCCUAAUGGACGUUUCCUUCCUCCAUUAUUCAACUUUAAGCCUCAUGAGUUGAAGGAUGUCCCGAUGGAGACAUUGGUGAAGUUGAUUCCUGAGCAUGCUAGGAAGCAGUGUCCCUUCCUCGGACUUUGAUUCCUCCAAGUGCUUUAGACCAAUCAUUUAGUGGUGUCCUUUAUCGUCGUAAUAUUUCUUCCGAUGCCCGUUCGUAUUACCGUUCACCUUAUUGUGUGUGUGUGUGUGUGUGUUGUUGCUUUGUAGUAUUAUUAUUAUUACCUUGUUUUGUAAAAUCAGGUCGAAGGAAAGUGCUAUUAAACUAAUUACCCAAAACCUCAUCGUGUAUUCUGAUUCGUCCUGUUUUCGUUCUGCCCCUACAGACAUGUUUCUCAUUUAUAUGACUAUUUAUUAUCUAAAUGAACUUCUUUUAUUCCCCCGGGCAAUAUAAUCAAUCUUAUG